UGACAGGUCUAUCCACCGGUGCUGGUGGUACCAGUCCCCCCAAUUUAUUAGGGGGCAGGGAAUUUAAGGCUCAAAUAUGUAAGACCAUCCUUAUAUCUUCAAUUUCUCUCUUGCCUUCUCUGUUCUGUUCAUCACAGCAAAGCUAUGGAUUUGCUACACAAGUUCUUGAACAUUGCAGUGCCUCUCUUAAUGCUCAUUGCAUUCCCUUUUUUUAUGCCACCAUUUCUGUUACUCAAGUUUCUUUCUUUCUUAAAAAGAUCCAUAUAUAGUGAGAAAGUGUCUGGCAAGGUAGUACUCAUCACUGGAGCAUCAUCAGGAAUUGGCAAGCAUGUUGCUUACGAGUAUGCUAGGAGAGGUGCUCAUUUAGCCCUUGUUGACAUAAGAGAUGAUCAUCUUCCAAUAGUGGCAAAUAAAGCCCGAGAACUAGGAUCCCCAGAGGUUAUUGUGGUACGUGCAGAUGUUUCCAAGGUUGAAGAAUGUAAGCAGUUUGUUGAUGAAACAGUGAACUACUUUGGACGAUUGGAUCAUUUGGUGAAUAACGCUGGAGUAAUAAGUGGUAGCUUUUUUGAAGAUUACACCAAAUUCACUGAUGUUUCUUCGAUUAUGGACGUAAAUUUCUGGGGUUCAGUGUAUGGAACCCACUAUGCAAUUCCGCACUUAAGAAAAAGCAAAGGGAAGAUUGUUGUAAUGGCUUCAACAGGAGCAAACAUAACUAUGCCAAGAAUAAGCUUCUACAAUGCAAGCAAGGCAGCCCUAACAUCCUUUUUUGAGACAUUGAGAACUGAGAUUGGUUCAAAUAUUGGAAUAACUAUUGUGACUCCUGGACUAAUUGACUCAGAAAUGACACGAGGCCCAUUCAUACAAGAGGGUAAAAUUUCUUGGGUGCCAGUUGAAUCAACAGAAAGGUGUGCCAAGGCAAUUGUGGACAGCACUUGCAGAGGAGACAUGUACUUGACUGUGCCAUCUUGGAUGGGGUGGGGAUUUUGGACGAGGGUCUUAUGCCCUGAAGUAUUAGAAUGGGGUCUGCACGCAAUAUUAGUCAAAUGGCCACACACUCAAAAGAAGGACCUGUAGUUCAAAGAUCAAAGUUUUGAGCCAAUUAAUAAGCAGAAGAACAAAUGGAGCUCCCUAUAUAUGAUCUUAGAUUGGAAAGGUUUGGUAAAUUGUUUGGUGCAAAUGAAAACUAAAGUGUACUAUAUAAAGAGAUUUAUUGAUCAUGCAUGAAUUGCAUGGUUAAAUAAGAAUUAAUAAACAAAAUUUAAUAUUAUAUA